AACCGAAUUUUGAAAAACGCGGUUUUGUGUUUUUGUAUGUUGUGCUGUCGCCUUUCUUUUUCUCUGUGUUCUCCUUGCUUGCUUGCUCUCACAUCGCACUCCUUUCCCUCCCCUUUGAAGAUUUCAACCUCUGGUCAAUCAUUCAUAUUUUUCCCAAUACAAAUAAUUAUUGGAUAAUAGAGUUUCCCAAUUACUGUUUGGCAGUUGGCUCAGAUAAUUAGCUUCCCACUUCUCCUUCCAUUUCCUUCCCCCACAGAGAAAAAACAAACAGAGGAAAUCAAGUCAUCGAAACGAAAAAAAUAGAAUAUUAGAAUUGUCAAUCAUGGACGGAGAGAAGAAGAAGAACGAUAAUUCAUGGUGUAAAUGAAAGACAUUUCCCCCUAAAUCUCUCUCUCUUUCUCUCUCUAUAAGUUUCUUCCUUUCUUUUCCUUCUUCUUCUUUGGAAAAAUUUGAGGUCGUGGGUCAAAAUUAGGCCGUACCCAUCUCAUAUCACUGCGCAAAAUUUUAAUCUUGAGAGGUUGCCGUGUUGAUUGGUGGGAUUUGGGGAAGUGGGUUGCGAGCAGAAAGAAAGAUGAUGAUGAUGACGAUGGAGGGAAUGAUGGAUAAAGGAGUACUGGAGGAUAUCAUAAGGAGGCUGUUGGAAGGAAAAGGAGGGAAGCAGGUUCAGCUAUCGGAGUCGGAGAUCCGUCAAUUGUGCGUUAAUGCUCGCCAGAUUUUCCUCUCCCAACCUAAUUUGGUCGAGAUCAAAGCUCCAAUUCGCAUCUGCGGUGACAUACAUGGACAAUACCAAGACCUUCUGAGGCUAUUCGAAUAUGGAGGGUACCCUCCUUCUGCAAACUACCUCUUUCUAGGGGACUACGUCGAUCGAGGGAAGCAAAGUUUGGAGACCAUAUGCCUCCUCCUCGCCUACAAAAUCAGAUACCCUGACAAAGUCCACCUAUUGAGAGGCAACCACGAGGACGCAAAGAUAAACCGGAUAUAUGGUUUUUACGAUGAAUGCAAGAGGAGAUUUAACGUCCGACUCUGGAAAAUAUUCACCGACUGCUUCAACUCUUUGCCCGUGGCAGCUCUCAUUGACGAGAAAAUACUCUGCAUGCAUGGAGGGUUAUCGCCUGACUUGGAGAAUUUGGAUCAGAUAAGAGAGAUUGAGAGGCCAACCGAGAUUCCAGAUAGUGGUCUUCUUUGCGAUUUGCUUUGGUCUGAUCCACAUCCAACGAAUGAAGGGUGGGGGGAUAGUGAUCGAGGGGUUUCGUGCACGUUUGGAGCUGAUAGAGUUGCUGAUUUUCUUGAUAAGAAUGAUCUUGAUCUUAUAUGUAGAGGACAUCAGGUUGUGGAAGAUGGGUACGAGUUCUUUGCUCAGCGGCGAUUGGUUACGAUCUUCUCUGCUCCUAACUAUGGUGGGGAGUUUGACAAUGCAGGUGCUCUAUUGAGCGUCGACGAAUCCCUGGUUUGUUCCUUUGAGAUACUAAAACCAGCUUUAUCAGCAAGCAGCAGUUCAAAGCCCCUUAAGAAGCCUCCUAAAACUAGUUAAAGCUUGAUACAGAACAAGAACGGAGAUUUGGAGUUUUACUUAACUGUCGCAUGUGAUUAGGAGAAGAUCUUGGAGUCGAGAAAUUCAGGCUUACAGAAGAAAGAAGCUCUCUUCUUUUCAAACCCACAUACACAUAGCUAUGUUCUUUGUUUUUCUUCUCUUUUUGAGCUGUAUAACCUCUUCUGUAACUUGUUAUUCCUUUGGAUUAAUUAGCAUUUUGCUGUCUGUAAAGUUAAUUUAAAAGGGAUUAAGAAAAACAGCCUGCCCUUGAAAUUUUCUUCUCUGGUGUAUGUUUGUACAAGUAAAAUUGUUUUUUGGCUUACGAUGGAGAGUCCUUUCCUUCUCCAAUUAAUGCAGAUAUUGUAAGACGUUGAAGCAACUAGCGUCACAGUCACUCCGGUUCAUUUCCGUCCACACAAUUGACAAUCCUAUUAGUGAAAAAAUCGUUAAACAAUCAACGUUAGUGACCAAAAAGUUCAGAGCUACUGUUUUUGUAAUUGGCCCCAAAUCAUACUUCAUAGAUCGGCAAUAUAUGCAGCAGAACCAAUAUUCUGAAACUAAGCUGAGAUCAAUAAGAGGCCUCAUUCUCAUUCUACUAUUCUAGCCAUCGGAGCAAAAAUCUAU